AUGCCACGCCGGGACCUCUCCAAAUACUACCACGGUACCAUCGAGAGCGGCCUGACCGGUUGCAUCACGGCCUGCUAUGGGAAUUGCUCCGUCCACGACCGCAAGGGCCUCCAGCAGGAGGUGAAGACUGCCCACCACCGAAAGUCUAAACCGUUCUUCAGCCACCGACAGUCUAACCCGUUCUUCAGCCACCGACAGUCUAACCCGUUCUUCAGCCACCGACAGUCUAACCCGUUCUUCAGCCACCGACAGUCUAACCCGUUCUUCAGCCACCGACAGUCUAACCCGUUCUUCAGCCACCGACAGUCUAACCCAUUCUUCAGCCACCGAAAGUCUAACCCGUUCUUCAGCCACCGACAGUCUAACCCGUCUUCAGCCACCGACAGUCUAACCCGUUCUUCAGCCACCGACAGUCUAACCCGUUCUUCAGCCACCGACAGUCUAACCCGUUCUUCAGCCACCGACAGUCUAACCCGUUCUUCAGCCACCGACAGUCUAACCCGUUCUUCAGCCACCGACAGUCUAACCCGUUCUUCAGCCACCGACAGUCUAACCCGUUCUUCAGCCACCGACAGUCUAACCCGUUCUUCAGCCACCGACAGUCUAACCCAUUCUUCAGCCACCGACAGUAACCCGUUCUUCAGCCACCGACAGUCUAAACAGUUCUUCAGCCAUCGACAGUCUAACCCGUUCUUCAGCCACCGACAGUCUAACCCGUUCUUCAGCCACCGACAGUCUAAACCGUUCUUCAGCCACCGACAGUCUAACCCGUUCUUCAGCCACCGACAGUCUAACCCGUUCUUCAGCCACCGACAGUCUAACCCGUUCUUCAGCCACCGACAGUCUAAACCGUUCUUCAGCCACCGACAGUCUAACCCGUUCUUCAGCCACCGACAGUCUAACCCGUUCUUCAGCCACCGACAGUCUAACCCGUUCUUAAGCCACCGACAGUCUAACCCGUUCUUCAGCCACCGACAGUCUAACCCGUUCUUCAGCCACCGACAGUCUAACCCGUUCUUCAGCCACCGACAGUCUAACCCGUUCUUCAGCCACCGACAGUCUAAACCAUUCUUCAGCCACCGACAGUCUAACCCGUUCUUCAGCCACCGACAGUCUAAACAGUUCUUCAGCCACCGACAGUCUAAACAGUUCUUCAGCCACCGACAGUCUAAACAGUUCUUCAGCCAUCGACAGUCUAAACCGUGGGCAUUAGCUUAA